GAGUUUUUCUAAAACCCUGAUUUCGAUUUUCUUCCCAAACAAAUUCCCUCCCAAAACCCCCAAAUUUCUUCUUCCUCGUCAUUAUACGAUUCCGAGCUUCUUUUACUUCAUCAAUGGCGGACCUACCAAUCCUCCAAUUCGAGGACACAAUCAUGAAAGCAGUAGAAGAAAACCCCGUCGUAGUGGUGAUCGGAGAGACAGGUUCGGGAAAGAGCACGCAGCUCUCUCAGAUACUUCACAGAAGGGGCUACACCAAGUCCGGAGUCGUCGGCGUCACUCAGCCCCGCCGAGUCGCCGCCGUCUCCGUCGCCAGACGAGUUUCGCAGGAGCUCGGCGUUCGGCUUGGGGACGAAGUUGGAUACGCCAUCAGAUUUGAAGAUAGAACUUCGGAAAGGACGCGGAUUAAGUACCUCACCGAUGGAGUUCUUCUUCGUGAAAGCCUCUCCAAUCCAGAGCUUGAUCAGUACUCUGUAAUCAUACUAGAUGAAGCUCACGAAAGGAGUCUAAACACGGACAUACUGCUGGGACUGAUGAAACGCUUGGUGAAAAGGCGUGCCUCGAAUUUCAAGGUUCUAAUCACUUCAGCAACUCUUGAUGGCGAAAAAGUAUCACAAUUCUUUUCAAAUUGCCCUGUAGUGAAAGUCCCCGGCAAGUUAUUCCCGGUCGAAAUAGCCUACAGCCGUGAGCGCCCUGCCAGCUAUCUUGAGUCAUCUCUAGAAACAGCUCUCAAUAUACAUAUUAAGCAAGGCGAAGGCGAUGUCUUGAUUUUCAUGACUGGACAGGAUGAUAUAGACAAGUUGGUGUUGAAGUUAGAAGAGAGAGUUCGAAGCCUGGAAGAAGGGUCUUGCAUGGAUGCCAUAAUCCUUCCUCUUCAUGGUUCUUUGCAGCCCGAAAUGCAGGUACGUGUUUUUGGUCCUCGGCCUCCAAAUUGUAGGAGAUUUAUUGUUGCAACAAAUAUUGCUGAAACUUCUUUGACUGUAGAUGGUGUUGUGUAUGUUAUUGAUUCUGGUUACGUGAAGCAACGACAGUACAACCCAUCAACUGGCAUGUAUUCCCUCGAUGUUGUUCAAAUUAGCAAGGUACAAGCAAAUCAACGUGCAGGACGAGCAGGAAGAACACGUCCUGGGAAGUGCUAUCGUUUAUACCCUUCGACGGUUUACGAGGAUGAGUUCCUUGAUGCAACAAUUCCUGAAAUACAACGCUCUUCGCUUGCUGGAAGUGUUCUCUAUUUGAAAUCUUUGGACCUCCCUGAUAUUGACAUUCUAAAAUUUGAUUUUCUUGAUUCUCCUUCCCCUGAGUCUUUACAAGAUGCUUUGAAGCAGUUGUAUCUUAUUGAUGCUAUUGAUGAAAAUGGAUUGAUCACAAGAGUUGGAAAAACAAUGGCUGAGCUUCCGCUAGAACCUUCACUGUCAAAGACCUUAAUGGAGGCAAAUGAGUAUGGCUGCUUAUCGCAGGCUUUGACUGUUGCUGCUAUGUUAUCUGCAGAAACCACAUUGCUUCCUGGUCGAAGCAAAAGUACGGAGAAGAAGAGGAAACAUGAUUAUUUGGACCUUCCUGAUGGCUCUGGUUGGGGUGAUCAUAUCCAGUUGCUACAGAUCUAUGAGUGCUGGCAUCAAACUGACUAUGACAUUAAUUGGUGCAAGGAUUAUCAGUUGCAGGUGAGAGGGAUGAAGUUUGUCAAGGAUGUAAGGAAACAGUUAUCUCAAAUCAUGCAGAAAAUAGCAAAAGGAUCAUUAGAUGUACAGACAGCCAGAAGACGGAAUGAAAGCCAACAAGAUUAUCACAAUUUGAGGAAGGCUUUGUGCGUGGGAUAUGCAAAUCAACUUGCUGAGAGAAUGAUGCAUCACAAUGGUUAUCGAACUUUAGGUUUUAAGCCCCAAGUAGUACAGGUGCAUCCAUCCUCUGUGCUAAAACCAGAUGAUGAAGGGAAAUUGCCUGACUAUGUUGUGUACCAUGAACUCAUUGCAACAACCCGCCCAUUCCUGCGCACUGUAUGUGCCGUAAAUGUUGCUUGGGUCAGACCAAUUUUGGACAAAGUGAAUAAUCUAAACAUCAAGAAGCUGAGUGGCGGGAUUGGUCGUAUUGAAGAGCAACCGGAGGGAAAUCUUUCCGAUUUGCCAAAGAAAGAGGAUGUUGUUGCGCCGGUCCUUGACGAUCGGGAAAGUAGAGUACAGGCGGCUAGGGAACGAUUUCUUGCUCGUAAAGGAAAGAAAUGAGCUUAUUCAGUAGUUGUGUUGGAUGGAGUGGGGGUAUUGAGUUUUAGCACUGACCUAAAGAAAUCUGGUUUAAGCUGCAACCGGUAAAUACGGAAACCAAACUAAGGCUGCCCAACUCCCAAGUCAAUUUCAGAUCAAUGCCAGCCUCAUCAUCCUCUACCAUAGUUGCAAUCAACCACCUCCGGAAGACACGAGUCCGGCACACACAUGUUGUAUUUCUAUUUUCCGAUUGUUCUGGUACGACAAGCAAUGUGCAUGCCGGCCAGUACAUCCCAAUCCAAUGUGGUAUGUUUUGAGCAUACUGGCUGCUUCGUGACGUAUAGACUUUGUAUAUAUUUCAAUUAAAAAUCAAAGAUUUUUCAAUCUAUCAAA